AUGGCAACAUCAAUCCCAACAACACAAACAGUGGCAAUGGUCAGGGAACUGGGCGGUGCAGUUGAAUUCGUGACCGACUACCCAGUUCCAACACCCGGAGACAACGAGGUUUUGGCCAAGGUGCUCUAUACAGGUGUUUGCCAGAGUGACUUGCACACCAAAGCCGGCACCGCCGCAAGUGCACAAGGCACCCCCAUCACAAACAUCAAACUUCCUCAUAUCGGUGGCCACGAAGGCGUAGGCCGCAUCGUUAAACUCGGUCCGAACUGCGGUGAAGGCGUGAAACUCGGCGGCUUGGUCGGAAUCCGUUUCUUGAGCAGAGUCUGUCGACGAUGCGAGUUUUGUCUGGCUGGUGCAGAGCAAUAUUGCGCCAAGAGCACAAAUCAUCUUCACCAUGAAGAUGGUAGUUUUCAGGAGUAUAUUGCUUUGGAUGCGGAUAAUUUGACCAUCUUGCCUGACGACGUUGAUGCGAAACUCAUUGGACCGGUAUUAUGUGCUGGAGUCACGGCUUAUAAGGCCGUGCUCAAUGCAAACAUCAAAGUGGGCGAUUGGGUUGCUGUCAUCGGUGCCGGUGGGGGUCUAGGACAUCUUGCUGUCCAGUAUGCACGCGCAAACGGAGCAUCCGUCAUAGCAGUAGAUACUGGUAACGACAAGCGCAAAUACCUUCAAUCAGUCGGAGCCAAGGAAUUCGUCGACUUCAAACUCGUCCGGGAUACAAUUGAAGAAGUCCGCAGGAUCACCAAUGGAGGUGCUCAGGCAGUUAUUGUCGCUGCCGGAAACGCCAAAGCUUUUGCUCACGCAGCAGAAAUGCUUCGCAUUGGUGGUACACUCAGCUGUAUCGGUAUUCCGCCUGGAAGGCCUUUCAUUGAGACACCCGUUGCGAGUAUUGUCAUUAGAGGUCUGAAGAUUACAGGAAACUUGAUCGGCUCGUUGAAAGAAUGCAUGGAGGCUGUUGAGCUCACACGAAGAGGCGUUGUGAUACCAAAGGUCCAAAUCAGACCAUUUAAAGACUUGCCCCAAGUUUAUGAACAACUUGAGAGUGGUGAUAUACCUGGACGUAUCGUCUUGCAAGUGGCCGACAGCGAUUGA